CCAGUGGCCAUAUUGGAAUCUGAAGUCUGUUAGCACUGAAGAUACUGGGUGGCUGUCAUACUGGAAGUCUUUAAAAUAUAUUUUAUUUAUAUCAGAGGGAUUUGAGCCAAUCAUUCCACCUGAGACCCUGCCUAUACUGGACGGCAAGUUGUCUCUGACUUUUGUGGAAAAUGAGUCCAACUGAUGCUAAACGAGGAGCUAAACGCAGGAAGAACAAGCGGGGCGGUGGCAGCAGUAGCUGCAGUAGCACUGUCUGCAGUACCAGUGGCAAGGCCGGGGUUUCAGCCACGGCCCUGAGUCCUCAAACAACGGCAACACCCGCGACUGUCAUGGGCUUUUUGACAACAGGGAACUCUGGUAAUGGAAACAUGGGCUCCAUCACAGGCCUGAACGGAGAGGUCCCUAUGAACAGUAGCGUUACACCACAGUUUUCGGAGGGGCCGGUGAAUUCUGACUUCUCUGGAGUCCUUCAGACCCCUUUCACAUUUGGCCUGAGCCAGAGAGCACCGUACUCCACCACCGGUGACCGCUGCCUCCUCUGCCGAAGUGAACGUAAACCGGACAGUGCCCUCCCCCCUGAAACGGGGCUCCCCGGGGCAGGGCAAAAUGGUACAGCGCAGCUGCCCAAGGCCUCAAGUGCCCUGCAGCUCCCACUGUGGGUGUGCCCAGACUGCCGGCGCACAGUGGAGAAGGAGGACCGCCACGCCGCCCUGGAGCAGUCGCUGGUGAGCCAAGACUUCCUAUUGCACAUGCCCGUCGGUAAUGGAAGCUUGGGCCAGGAGCUGCCCGCCACUGGGGGCAGACUGACGAGUGGUGGCAUGCCUCCAUCCCUCCCCGUGCUCCCUGCCCAGGACCUCACCACCCCCCUGACCGCUGACACCAUGUGCAGCUGUGAGGCCUGCAAUGAGAGACGGGAGAUCUCUGCCGAGUCGGAGCGGGAGUCUCAGCAGCUGCAGAACCACUGGUCGGAAGUGCGCUACCUAGUGCGGUGCAUCUAUCGCCAGACAGGCACUACGCUGGCUGACGAUCACGACCAGCCGAUGGACCGCAACAAGGAAGGCAUGAAAGAGCUGGUGGACAGGCUGUGUGAGAAGGACCCAUACCAGCUCUACCAGCGGCUAGAGCAACAGGCCCGUGAAUACGUUCUGGAGAUGAAGGUGCGUCUGCUAAAGCACCUGUCAGCUAGCUCCAAAGCUGCGGCAGCGGCUGCCCAGGGUCCCCCACAGGCCCACCAGUUCAUCUCACUGCUCCUGGAGGAGUACAACACCCUCUGCCAGGCGGCACGCACCAUCAGCAGCUUUUUGCUCACGCUGGAGAAUGAACACCUGCAGAAGUUUCAGGUGACGUGGGAGCUGCACAACAAGCACCUUUUUGAGAACCUGGUGUUCUCUGAGCCCAUCCUGCAUAGCAGUUUACCCGCACUGGUUGCACAGCUGAGGCAUGGGAAGGCCUCCCAUGACUGGUACAGUGAGGACAUGUACAGGACCCUGCUCGAGAGCUACCAACAGCUUGAGCAGGAGAUGGCCUCCGUUGCGGCAGAGUGGCAGGAGUGUGAGAAGCGGAUCGACGACUACGUCGAUGAACAGCUGCUUUUUAAGGUUGAGGGCCAGAAUCUUACAAAUCAACGGACAGAACCACAUAAGUCUUUAAUUAGCAAAAAUACUUUGAAAACAAAACAACGGAUGCUGAAGGAAGACUGGGAAUUCUUUAAGCAAAGGAGGUUUAUAGAAGAACAGUUAACCAACAGUAAGAAAUCCUUAGCUGGCGAUAGUAACUUUACAGACACCAUGAGAAUGCUUUCUACCCGGCUCAGCAUUCCAGACUGUCCAAAUUGCAAUUACCGAAGACGAUGCACUUGCGACGACUGCAGCCUCUCUCACAUCCUGACAUGCGGCAUCAUGGACUCUCCUAUCGCUGAGGACCUCCAUAUCAAACUGCCCUUGCAGACCACGGAUCCCAUACAGCACCGGGACUACCUGGCCGAAGUGCACCCCCCAAGCAUCCCCUCCGGGGGCAGCUCGGCCUCCGCCUCGGCUUCCAGCUCCCCCAUUACCAUACAGCAGCACUCGCGCCUCAUCCUCCCAGAGGGGGGCGCAACCACCUUUGGCAGCGAUGAUGAUGAAGUGCCUCCACUGUCGGGCAAGUUUUCCAACAUCUACCCCAUGGCCAGCUAUGAGGACCCAGGGGUGGUGACGAGCAUGAACGGCAUUCAUAAUGAGCUCAAUGGGGGCGCGGAGAACAUGGCACUCAAAGAUGAGUCGCCUGGAGGGAGCAGCAGCAGCAGCAGUUCAUCGGAGGGAGACGAAGAGGAGGCGGAUGGGGAGAGCAGCGGGGAGCCUCCAAGGCAGCAGGGGGAGCGCUCCUCUGGGAAGAGCAACAGCCCUCCACCCUACUACCCCCACCAACAGGCGGAACAGGUCCAGCAUGCAUGCGAGUGCCACGUGUGCAACCAGGACCUCUCCUCCUCCCCCGCCCCCCUGGGCCCCGCUGCCUCGCUCCCCCCCAACCGGUUCCACACGCCCUCAUCUGGCCACCACCACCAGUUCUUCACCGGGGGUGGGGACAAGUCUCCCAGCCACCCAGCCCUCCACCUGUACCCCCACAUCCAUGGCCACCUGCCCCUGCACAACCUCUCGCACCUGCCCAGGCCCCUUUUGCACCCCACGCUCUACCCCAGCCCCCCUCUCUCGCACAGCAAGCCUCUUCCCCCAGCCCCCACGUCGAGCCACACAGGGCCCAAGCAGCAGGCCUUCAGUUCCUCCCUUCCCGACCACGUCUACCAGAACUGCUUUGGUGGUGGCGCCGGUGACUGGAAUAGCUCCCUGCAAUGCCUGUCCCUCAAGUUUGAGAACAUCUGUGACGCCGCCAUGAUGAAGAACUGGAAUCCGUCUGUGCUGCUGCAGGAGCCCCUGCCAGGGGACAUGUUGGGUCCACCCCUCCACCCAGACAUGCCUCUCACCCCCCCCUCCUCUGGCCACUGCCACGGGGACCACGCCCACGGCGUCACAUCAGAGCCCGCCCCACUCCACCUCCUCCCUCCCUCGCCAUCGGAACAGCAGCAGGCCCCACCCCGGGAGAGGAAGAAUGGCGCCAAGAAGAAGUGUCUCUACAAUUUCCAAGAUGCCUUCCUGGAGGCCAACAAAGUGGCGAUGGCCACCUCGGCCUCCAGCGCUUCGGUCUCGUGCACAGCCACCACUGUCCAGUCAAGUAAUAAUCACAUCCAAGUUUCAUCUAAAAGACCCAACUCCUUAGGUGAUGUAUUUCACACUAUAGGUAAAGAGGACCAUAGACAACAACCCGCCCCCGUCGCCCCUAGGAAUAGCCCCACAGGCCCUCCUUCGCUCCCUCCGCUCUCAUCUGGCUCGGCCCUCCCACCUGGAUCUGCAGGCCACUCCCAGCACCACCUCCCCAGCAUGGGUUCACAGCCCUUCUCAAAGAUGGCCACUCCGGCCCCAGGUUUCAUGGAGGCCCACCACCAGGGAAUGUGUCUGUCUCCCGCCGAGCCGCCCUCCUCCGCCCCAGCUGAUGGGCCUAUCAGUGCCCCGCCCAGUGUGUGCAGUGACCCUGAAUGUGAGGGCCACCGCUGUGAGGCCAACGGGGCUUACGACCACCAGGGCUUUGACGGGGAGGAGAGCCCGGAUGAGGACAGCUGCUCGGAGCACAGCUCCUCCACUUCCACCUCCACCAACCAGAAAGAAGGGAAAUAUUGUGACUGCUGCUACUGCGAGUUCUUCGGCCACGGCGGGCCCCCAGCAGCGCCCACCAGCCGCAACUAUGCGGAGAUGCGCGAGAAGCUCCGUCUGCGUCUGACCAAGCGGAAGGAGGAGCAGCCCAAGAGGGAGGAGCAGCCGCCCGCGGUGGAGCAAGACAGUGGUGCUGGCAGCGUGGAAGACCACCGGCGGGUGGAGGACCUGCUGCAGUUCAUCAACAGCGCCAGCGACAACAAGCCUGCCUCUAGUUCCAAGGCUGCCAAACGAGCCCGCCAUAAACAGAAAAAGAUGGAGGAAAAAGCGCGUCUUGAGGCGGAGGCUCGGCAACGAGAGGAGCAGCAGCUUCUGGAGGAGCGGCGGCGGCGGGAGGAGGAGGCCCUCCAACGGGAACUCCUCCGACUGCAGGAGCUGCAGCACCUCCGUGCUGCCAAAAAGAAAAAGAAGGAGAAAGCCAAGGAGCCCACCCCCGUACCUCAGAACAACCCCCAGCCCCUCAAACAGACAGCUCAGAACGUCUUAGAGAACCUCCACAACGGCAAGAGCCAGCUCCUGCAAAGCCUCAUGCGCCUCCCUGGCCACAAGGAGCCCCGACCGGAGCACCAUCCGCGACCCCAGCCACAACCCCGGCCCCAGCCUCCCUUCUCACAGCACAGCCCAAAGACUAACAGGGAGAAAGCCCCCACUCCAACCCCUUUUGUCCCAGAAACCACCAACUCCAACCCCCCGGACUCCUUCCUUCACAACGGGACCUCCACAGCACCCCAACCAACUGAGAUCAAUGGCAAAGCAAAGCCCAAACAGCAGCCGCCACAGCCAGCAAUCAGGCAAGCUCCCAGCGAGGCUGUUGUGGUCAAGAAAGCCCCGGAGGCUUCCAAGAGCUGGGAAACAGCUUCUAAGAUGGCAACCACCAACGGUACGCAUCCACUCCCUCAAGACGCCAAAGUAGCUCGCCCCAGACCCGCCGAAGAUCUACCCUCCCCUCCGGCACCCGAACAAAGGAGGGAGGAGAGGAGCAAUGGGAAGAGGCAGCACCAUCAGCAGUUGGCAAGCCAGGCAAAAGAAGAGAGGAGCCAGCCAUUGUCAGAGCCCUCGCCACCUCCUACCUCACAGACGGAGCUGCCGCUGCAAAACGGCAAGCCCCCCACCGCUGAGUCCCCCCAGCCCAAGGGAAAGGCCAAAAAAAACAAGAAGAAGAAGGCUGACAAGACAAACAACUCAAUAGAUGAUGUUUUUCUGCCCAAAGACAUUGAUUUGGACAGUACUGAAAUGGAUGAGACUGAGAGGGAGGUGGAGUAUUUCAAAAGGUUCUGCUUAGAUUCCGCCAGGCAGACCCGACAACGGCUCUCAAUCAACUGGUCCAACUUUAGCUUGAAGAAAGCCACAUUUGCCGCCCACUGACGGGUUAAAAAAGUACUGACUGUGGCAGAAAGCAAUCGGCAACCACCCCCACAUCCACCACGCAAACUGCUACUACGGCCCCCAUCACCCGCAUCCCUGCUGUGCCCAAAUCACGCCCACCCAUGCUGCUUCGCCUUGUUCCGUGUUGCUGUGCGAUCCCACCAUGAACCCAUUGGGCUGAUCCUCAAGCAGAACUGAGAGAGAAAAAAAAAAUGAAAUGACACAAAAGAAAAUUCACAAAAUGCUACUUUCUACUCAAUUUUGUUAUUUUCUUGCGUGCUUGUGUGCUUUUAGUCUGUGAGUGGGGCAUUUCUCUUCACUUGAAAAGCCAUGUUCUGACUUUUUUUUUUUUUUUUUUUGGCUUCCUUAGUCAAAAGAUGCUCACUUUGUUUGGAAGAAACACUUCCAAAAAUGCAUACAUGGGGAAAAAAAAUCCGAGAGAAAAUGAGCUAUACAAUGAAUUAAAAGCCUUUAAUUCAGUUUCUGUGGCUUAUUAUCCCCCUGUUAUCCCACAAUUCCUAGCACGGCAUCUCAUUCAGAUGACUGACAAAGAAAUGGGCAUGGUCCGUAGCACCCUCCCGUGCUCCAACAACUCUCACUUAACUGAGAGGAACUUGGCUUAAUACUUGACAAUGUUCUUUUUGGGGGGUUUUCAGUUCCAUUUAACAAUCCUGUUAAGUAAAAGCGUACCAGUUACAGUUUUUCAUAUUUUUUUUUGACCUGUAGCCAGCUUGUAUCCGAAUACUUUCAGAAUGAAAUUGGAAAAAAUGAACAAUACUCACACUAUCAAUCUGUUAUAGAGUGUAUAUUGUAUUAACACUGAAGCCAAACUGGCUACUUUUUAACAUAUUGUUAAGUAAUAUUAAAAUCUUGUCUUUCUUUUUUGAAAGAUGGAAUACAGUAGUAUGGCA